AUGUCGCCACCCUCAACGUCGCCAUCGCAAACGUCGCCACCGACCACGCUUCCACCAUCAAUAUCGCCAACGUCGCUGCCACCACCGCCACCGAUCAUCUCCGUGAGCGUCGACACCGACGUCACCACCACCGACGUCGUCACCGCCAACGUCGUUGGAAGCAAUGUAGACACCGCCAACAUUGACACCGCCAACGUCGACAUCGUCAACGAUGCUACAGCCAAGAUCCACACCGCCAACUACGCCACCUCAAACAACUGA